GAAGUACGUUCGGUUUACGGCGACGAAGUGAAUCCGGAGCUGAUGAAAGGUUUCUAUCGAGCCGCAGGUCAAAUACUCUUCUCUUCUGAGGCACUAUGGGAUGUGAUUCAUUUGUUGAGUCGAAUCCUGAAAUUCAGUUUUGUGUUAUUUCAAGAGACGCAAACGAUUCUGCUGAAUAAUCCUUUGUUCAGACGGAAAGCGUUACUGCUUGAGAAAAUCUCCUCGACUGUUUUAUUGAUCUCAGGUGCAGACCACUACAAUGUUGAUGGAAAGUUAUGCAAGGAAUCAAUGCGAAUCGCAUCGAAAGCUAUUGUGUGCGAUAUGACGCAGAAAGUUUAUAAGAAUUUAUCACAGCAUUCACUCUUAAAUACCCUUAAAGAGAAGAAGGACGAUCUUCGGAAAUGGGCAACACGAUUGAGUUUGCUUCAAGAACUGAACGUACUCGAUAUUGAAAUCAACGCGACAAUGGAGAAAUGCGUUGUGGAUAUUCUCACAAAACAGUGUGCCUAUGAUGUUGCCUAUGAUGGUGAUAUUAUUUCUACUAGUAAUGAUUGUUACUUGACUAGCAUCCCUUAA